CCGGUCGGUCGUUCUAUUUUCUAUAAAAUGCUGCUCUUAAAGCAUCCGAAAACCGGUCAAAGUCUGGAGAUCUAUGAGUUUUGGCUCCGUGAUCAUUGUCGCUGCGGAGAGUGUCUAAAUUUUGAUACCAAUCAACGGCGUUACGAUAUUUUGGAUCUGCCAGCGGAUGUAAAACCGGUAGAGGUUAAAUACGAAGGCUUGAUGCUACAAGUGAAGUGGAGUGACGACCACCAGUCUAGCUAUGACCUGGACUUUAUAUUCGAGUCUCAGCUGGAACAGUUGAUAAGUCGGCGAUCAAAUUCCACUACUCUGACGCCCUGGAAUCGCAGCAUUAUCUUGCAAAACGAACAGCACUUGCGAUUCUCCUUGCCCCAGCUGAUUUCCAGUGAUGAUAAAGUAAAAUGCCUGGUUGAAUCUCUGGUUCGAUAUGGCAUUGUCUUCAUUGAUGACGUGGCUCCCACACCAAAUAUGACCGAGCUGGCCCUGCGAGCUGUUUUCCCCCUAAUGAAAACUUUCUUUGGUGAAAUGUGGACCUUUAGCGAUAAGCCCGAUCAUGCGGAUACCGCUUACACAAAACUUUACCUGGGCUCCCAUACGGAUAAUACCUAUUUCUGCAAUGCAGCUGGACUUCAGGCCCUACAUUGCAUCGAACACUCGGGUUCGGGUGGCGAAAAUUUCUUUGUGGAUGGUCUGUAUGUGGUAAACGAAUUGAAGCGUCGAUUUCCCGCCGCCUAUAAUCUGCUGUGUAGAGUUCAAGUUCCUGGGGAGUAUAUAGAAAAAGGGGAGCAUCAUCGCCACACGGCUCCUAUUAUACAGGUGGAUCCACUGACUCAGGAAUUUAUUCAACUCAGGCUGAAUGUCUACGAUCGCGCUGUGUUCGAUACUAUUCCACAAUCCGAGAUGACCUAUUUCUAUGCCAGUCUUCGUCAGCUCUUGAAGAUUGUUAAGGAUGAAGAGCAGCAGUGGAGUCUGAAGCUAAAUCCUGGAAGCAUCGUGCUUUUCGACAACUGGAGAGUCCUUCAUGGUCGCCAUGCCUAUACAGGAAGUCGUACUAUGUCUGGUUCCUAUGUGCAGCGUACCGAUUUUCUCAGCAAGGCUCGUGUCUUGGGAAUUAUCGAAUAAAUACUUUGAAAAAAUAUAAAUAUUAUAACUAAGUACUAAAUAAAAUUAAUGAAUUUUUUAGGAACAA